AUGAGAGAGAUGGCUGGAGCUUGGCAGAUGACCGUGGAGCACAAAUUUGGGCUGUUUUCCACCGAGCAGAAAGAAGCCGACCCUUUAGCCGCCUCCGAAGAAAGCCAACCAAAACCGUGCCCACCGGAGGUCACCCCACAUUACAUCUGGAUAGAAUUCUUGGUGCAGAGGUUUGAAAUUGCCAAGUACUGCAGUUCGGAUCAGGUGGAGAUUUUUGCCAGCUUACUCCAGCGUUCCCUGUCUUUGAAUAUCGGCGGAUGGAAGGGGAGCAUGAAUCGCCACGUGGCGGCCAUCGGACCCCGUUUUAAGCUCUUAACGCUGGGGCUGUCUCUGCUGCAUGCCGAUGUCAUCCCAAACGCAACAAUUCGCAACGUCUUAAGAGAAAAAAUCUAUUCCACGGCUUUUGAUUACUUCAGCUCCGCCCCCAAGUGUCCAACUCAAGGAGAGAAGCGGCUGCGCGAGGACAUCAUCAUCCUCAUCAAGUUUUGGACUGCAAUGUUCUCCGACAAGAAAUAUUUAACCGCCAGCCAGCUUGUGCCUCCAGAUAACCAAGACACCCGGAGCAAUCUUGACAUCACAGUGGGUUCCCGCCAGCAAGCCACCCAGGGAUGGAUCAACACUUACCCUUUAUCCAGCGGCAUGUCAACCAUCUCCAAAAAAUCAGGCAUGUCCAAGAAGACGAAUCGAGGCACUCAGCUCCACAAAUACUACAUGAAGAGGAGAACGCUGCUGCUCUCACUUCUGCUCCCCUCACUCCUCCUUGCUUUUCAGUAUCUUGUUACUUGGCACACCAUCGAUGCCGACGCUCCAGAGCUCAGCCACAUCCUGUGCUGGACUCCCACCGACCCACCAACGGGCCUCUCCUAUUUCUCCAGCAUGUACCCCCCUCAUCCUUUGACAGCUCAGUACGGGGUAAAAGUGCUGCGGUCUUUCCCUCCGGAUGCUAUUCUCUUCUACAUUCCGCAGAUUGUGCAGGCUCUUCGCUAUGACAAGGUAAGGGCAGGGAAAGACU